AUGUUGGCCAAACUUCUUGACAAUGGUCAUUUACCAAAAUUGUAUCGACUACACGUUUCUUUUCAUGCAGAACAUGAUCCACAUAAUGAAGAAAUAAUGCAUCCAAUACCAUUGAAACAAGUCUAUGCACCUGAACUUCGUUACGUCAGUGUUGAAUUGCACGAAUCUGUUGGAUGGAUGUUCACCUUUCUCGAAGAUCUUCAAUGUCAUAGUCAACUUGAACAUUUCAAUAUUUAUGGAUUCAUGAUCUCCGGUAUAAUUGUUAGUGAUGUUCCUCGUGUAGCUGAACUGCGUCGAUGGUUAUUGCUGUCGAAGUCAAAAACUUUCACCUUUCGAUUGAACGUAGAAAUGAGAUGGCUACCUGAAUGUGAAGAAAGUCUAGAUGCCUUUCUUAAUGAGUAUAGACAAGUGAUCGGAGGCGAUUUAUCGAGUAAAUCAAGAACUUUAACAAUUUGUUAUCCCGACAUGUCACUUUUCAAUCAAGUAAAGAUGAAUGAAACCGUCUCCGAAGAAGACGAAAGCAGCGAUUCGAGUAGAAGCAGCAAUUUAGUGAGUGAUGACUCAAUCGACGAGAAUUGCAAAGAAAUGGAAAUCAUCGAGAUGGAUUAUAUGGGAGACGAACUGAUCAAGAACACACAAGCAGUAUCUCGUUGGCAUUGCCUACGAAAAAUAAUUCUUGAAGGAGACUUUCCGGAUGAUAAUGGUAUUAUAACUUUAAUCAUUGAAAACAAUGAACGAAGUCAAUCUAUACCUUAA